AUGUCAGCUAUAAAUACCUCCUCGAUUGUUCGAUAUAUCCUCAUCAGCAGCAGCAGCAGUGAUACUAAGAACAGAACCCACAAGAACAAGCACCAUCGGAAACAUGUCGUCCUAUGCAAUCACAGGAGCCUCGCGAGGUAUCGGCGUACGCAAGCACCUUUCCCAUCAAUAGGCCACACUAACAUCUCUCAGUGGGCAUUCCUCACCAACCUCUCCAGCAACCCAGCCAACACCGUCAUUGCGCUCGUUCGCAACAAGGCCGGCACUGAGGAGCGAAUCGCUAAAGAGCUUGCCGGCCGCACCAACGUCCACGUUGUCCAAGCCGACCUCGACAACUACAAGACCCUCCAGUUCGCGGCCGACGAAACCGCAAGGAUCACCGGCGGUGGCCUCGACUACCUCAUCGCAAAUGCCGCAUACGUGGAAACCUGGGACCUGUAUGAUCCCAUCGGCGUCUUAGGCAAACAAGUCCCAGAGCUGGAGGACAACCUGCUCAAGAACUUCAAGACCAACGUCAUCGCCCAGAUCCACCUCUUCAACCUGUUCACCCCGCUGAUCCUGAAGGGGACCGCGAAGAAAGUCAUCGCCCUCACUAGCGCCCACUCGGACAUCGAACUGGUCAGGACCUUGGGCAUGGCCAACGCGCCCUCGUACGCGAUCGGCAAGGCCGGACUGAACAUGGCGAUCGCCAAAUUCGGCGCACAGUAUGCGUCUGAGGGCGUCCUGUUCUUGGCCAUUUGCCCCGGGUUGGUGGAUACCGGGCAUUUUGAAGGAAUGAGUGAACACCAACAGGCCGCGGCUCAAGCCAUGUUCGCCAAGUUCAAGGAAUAUUCGCCUCGUUUCAAUGGGGCAAGGCCUGCCGAUGACUCCGUCAGGGAUAUCCUCAGCGUUAUUGAGAAUGCGACGGUCGAGAAGAAUGGGGGUGAUUUCUUGUCCCACAAGGGGAGCAAGACUUGGAUUUAA